AUGGGCUGGGUAGGAGCAGGUGUACUCAUUGCAACAACUGUAUAUUUCCUCUAUUGCUAUCCUCCUCGCAGCUGGACGGAGCCCCGUCCUCUCGCCCCUCCGGAACCCAAACCCGAAGCGACGGAUACCAUUUCCACCGCCGACGAGCCUGUACCGGGAAAGCAUGGCCCAGGGCCUUCAACACCAGGAGUAGAAACAGAGGAGGAGGAUUCCCAAAGCACACCCAAGGCGUCGGCUUCAAGCGCACCACCCCCGGUCCUCGCGGUCCCCACGCUCAGCCUGGAUAGCGGUGACAGCGAAACAUCCAACCCGACAAUGCCAUCCAUUUCGCAGUUCCUACGAGGAACCGGGCAGUCUAAGCCAACAGAUCGUGAUAAUGCGGCACCAAAGCCCAAGCCGCCACAGCCACCAUCCCUCGCUCCUCCGCAACAACCAUCAACAACGGGUGGCUCCCUAAUGCCACCACCUCCACCCCCAGGCCCUAGACCCCGACCAUCCCAAGCAAACAGCCUCUCCCCGCCAAGUACCCUGCAACCCCCACGUCUCAGCUCAGGCAGCUCACUCAGCCCGCCCCCAUCAGCAGCAGCCUCACAACGCGGACCCCCAAACAGCAGCAGCCGCCUAAGCAGCAGCACCCUAGCCCCGACACCAGUGACACUGAAGAAACCCAACUCGAAGAAAGUAAUCCUCGAGCCAGGGUUCUCCCCCUUGGACUGGGCCGCCCUGACCUCAAACCCGAACAACAACCUCCGCGGCAAAGAUGUACCACCGGGUCUGCUCCGCGUUACACCGUCCAUGCUGAAAGAGCAACAUGGGCGCAAGGGUCGGGAUGCGUGGACCUCGUACCAUGGCAAAGUAUAUAAUAUCUCUCCGUACGCGCCCUACCACCCAGGUGGUAAGGGCGAGCUCCUCCGCGGUGCGGGGAAGGACUCUGCGAAGCUAUUCCAGGAGAUUCACCCGUGGGUUAACUGGGAAGGGAUUCUCGGCGAGUGUCUGAUUGGGAUAUUGGUGUCGGAGAAUGCUCUCCAUGCCGAGAAUACCUUGGAUGCCAUGGAUUGA